AUGCAGAAUACAUUUGUAAUUGCAAUAUUCGUUACAAUUAUUGGUCUAACAUUUCUUGGAACUAUCAUACUUAAUCUUCUAGCUAUUGUUUAUAUAUUAUCAACACGAGAUAAAACAACGUUUUCCAUGCUUGUUGUCAAUUUAGCUGUAGCUGAUAUUAUUCACGCGGUGGGUAUCAUCUUUUUCACUAGUACUCUAUUUACACGCAGUUGGAUAUUCGGUGAAUUUGGUUGUAAAUUUAGUUUAACAAUCGAUGUACUUUGUACGGUGGUCAUUGUUUAUACAGUGGCAGCGUUAAGUAUUGAACGUUAUAUUGAUGCACGUUCAAUUUUACCAGCAAAAUUUCGUUCAAUUAUUACAGUCGGUCUAUUAGUUCUUAUAUGGACACUCGGUCUUCUAUUGCCAUAUCCAUUUAUUUUUUAUACUCACCUUUCUGAAGCUGCCGAUAUUUUUAAUUAUAAUGCGAGUAAAACUUCUACAAAGGCAAUACUAGUCUAUUCAUGUCAAUCGUAUUUAACAGAAAAAGAAUUGCUUGUUCAUGAAAUACUUCUAUAUAUCACUGCUUUUAUAAUUCCAUAUUCAGUAAUUGUUGCAUUUUCAUUGAAAUUACUCAAGUUUUUACGUGUUUGGGUAAAACGCAAAGAACAAUUAACUCGUGCAAGUGUAACAAGAAAACGAACGCGCGGUGUUAAACUUGUUUUAUGCAUUAUUUUAUCGUUUCUCAUAUGUUUUACACCAUUUUGGACAUUUAAAUUUUAUACACGUUUUAUUGUUGAUGAAAAUGUUGUACGACGGCCAUUAUUACAACGUAUUUUAUCCUAUUUACAUUUACUUGUUGUUUUAAUUAAUCAUUUCGAAGGAAUACUUAAUCCAUUAUUUUUUAUUGUACUAACUGAACGUUUUUGUUUAACAUUUUCAAAACGUCGAGAACGAAAUUCAAGAUUAAUAGAAACGCGAUCAUCUGUUCGUGUAACUAAUGGAAGAAAAAAACCAGCAAAACUGUCAUUAACGUCAACAAGAACGGCACAAAAUAAGCAACUCAAUGGGCUUCUACUAUUGAAUAAUAAUAAUAAUCAUUCGGAAAAUAGCAGUGGAACUCCAGUAAUGCCUGAACCGCUAUGA